ACGCAGGGAUACACAGGCUGUUGCUGAGCACGCGCUAUUAUCUCUCUUAUACUGCUUCGUCGUUGUCAACACAGCCUACCAUACAUCGCCGCGGUUUCGACAAGUCACGUGGUAACGAAUAGUGCGAGCUAGCGCCAAAUCCCAUAGCCAAGCGGCGAUUGCCAGAACUACUACCCCGGUGCUGGGAGCAUUGCGGAUGUCCAGGUCUCUAGUGUAGUAGUAGGUCAUGCCUUCAACAUGGAUGUGCUUCACCUGAAUGAGGUCCAGGAACUCGGUUGACAAGUUGAAAUUCGCCGGGAGAGAGAACAAGGCCCAGGGCAGGGCAGCUCCACAACGAUAAGUCUUCCGGCAUUGAUUUUAGCUAUCGCCCUAAGCAUGGCCGUGGCAGUCACCAUCGGGGCUUUCCUCUACAGCAACAAGGGGCAUGAGACGCCCAAGGAGAAGGGCAACACAUCAGCUCCUGGGCAUGUCUCCAUGCCUAAAUUCCCGAUAAAGCCUUAUGACGUCAGUGAUGAAGACUACACGGACAAUGACGUUGCGCCGGCAGAAAGCACAUCCCCGACGUACAAGAAAGUUUGUAACACCGAUGUAACACAUUUUUGUGAAGAACUCCCCGACUUAAGCGGCUCCUUUGUUCGGGACGUUCCGAGCAUUGAAGAAUUUCUGACUGAGAGAUACUGGAAAGGUGCAGAGAACGAUUACGGGGAUUAUUUCUACCAAGUAGAGUCUGCUUUAGAUACAUAUCAGGCGAACAGUUUUUACGUCCCCCCAGCAAGCUUUGUCCAAAUCAGUAUCCCGUUUCUAUUGUCACCCUAUUUUAACUUGGGAGGUCCACCUGAGGUGAACCAUGUCUCACUAGGAUACACCGUGGCGCACGAGAUGAUGCAUGGCUUCGAUAUAAAUGGCCGAAGGUACGACGUCAAAGGGGACAUCGCGCCCUGGUUUACGAAAAAGAGCACGGAGGAGUUCAAGAUUCUAGACCGCUGUUAUCUGGAAUACGUUAACGAAGAUCCAGGUUACGGGAAUUAUACUCUGCAAAAGACGGAAUACCAGGCAGACAUACUUUCUAAUGAAUCCCUCCUCAGGGCAUACCUAAGGGCCGCUAAAAAAUCCAAGGUCCAUCUCGGCAAUGUGAAAGUCCUGACCAGCGACCAGAUCAUCUACGUCGCUAUAGCUGUCUUCUCUGGUGCGAAGAUGUUUCCCGUACAGCCUUUUGCAGCUCAUCCGCCGAAAGAUCAAAGGUGCGACCUUCCUCUCACGAACUUUGCGCAUUCCAGCAAAACCUUCACCUGCCGUGACGGUUCGCCGAUGAAUCCGCCGCAAAAAUGUUACUUUUGGUAGUUCCGGCAUCUAAGAAUGAGCUGAUUGACGCAGAGGAAAUGCAGUAAACGAAAUCCGAACAAC